AUGAACCCAACAACACAACAGCCAAUCAACAGGAGACGUGUUCCAAGAGUCUUUCUCAGUGAGACACAGAGAAACACCAUUCGCCAACUUUACAAAGAAUACGGAAGUAAUUAUACUAAAAUUGCCGAAGUUAUGGGUUUAGCUCCCAGGAAAGUCCGCGAACACAUUCUUGCUAACAUAAAGAAUGUAUCAUCGAAAGAAUUCACUGCAGAAGAAGAUAACAUUCUUCUUUAUUGCGUUUCUCAAUAUGGUCACAGAUGGUCUGCUAUUGCACAAUUAAUCGGAACAAAGAGUGCAAUGAUGUGCCGCAACAGAUUCAAAUUCAUCCAGAGCCGCCAAAGAAUGCUUCCAACAUAUGUUCCAUAUCAGGUAGAACCGAUUCAACCAAAGUAUGUCACCCCUCCUCCAGAGGUUGCACCAAAGAUCACUCAUACCCCAUUGCCAUCAAUUAUGACAUUAGAUUUCCCACAGAGCAUCACAGUCCCUACCAAAGGCACUAGUUCGAUCGACUUGUUCCUUCACAAUCCGGAAUUUUAA